UCCAGACUUUCCGGCGUUACGCUGAGCUGUCAGGAAUGAAGGCCGUGUGGGCGUGUCGCGUCAAUCACGUGGUCGGAGUAACCCGGAAGUGCAGGGAGCGAGUAACGGAGUUGACUGCAAGAUCGGCUCUGCGACACCGUGCUUCCGCCAUGUCGGUGGGGGAGAGGAGGAACGGCAACCUCCUGGUACAGCUGGAUCCGAAGCUCCAGGCCCAGCCGGUGGAGUUGUUGCGGCAGAGGUUGAGCCCGGACGGACACACCGAGUAUCUGAUCCGAUGGGCGUUGCAAAAUGUGGAGGAGGCCGCGGGAAGUGGCGGAGCCACCUUACAGACCGAGAGCAAGACCCCGAAUAUCCUGAUGUGGAUGUCGGCGGAGGAAGUUUACACCAACUGCCCCACUCUGCUGGGGAAGCGCAAAUCCGAGGGGCAGGGCAUCGCGGAAGAAAAGACGCCUGGCUCCCCCGAUGAGGCCGCUCUGCAGGAGAUGACCGAGGAUGUCCGGAUGUUGGUUCAGAGAGCAACCAGACAGAUGUCCCAGAGCUCCGGUCCCGAUUCCUCCAUCCUCAACACCAUUCAUGUGCUAAGUGCCUACGCCAGCAUCGGCUCCCUGGCCGGGGUCUUCAAGGAGACCGGAGCUCUGGACCUGCUCAUGAAGAUGCUUUGUAAUUCGGAGAAGCAGAUUCGCAAGAACGCCGGCAAGAUGUUGCGUGCCCUGGCGUCACAUGAUGCAGGGAGCCGGGCCCAUGUGCUGCUCUCGCUCAGUCAGCAGGAUGGAAUAGAACAACACAUGGACUUUGAGUCACGUUACACCUUGUUGCAGCUCUUUGCUGAGACCACCAGUUCAGAAGAACAUUGUAUUUCCUUUGAAGGGAUACACCUCCCACAGAUUCCAGGGAAGCAACUCUUCUCGCUUGUGAAACGUUACUUGUGUGUCACAUCCCUACUGGACCAGCUGAGCAGCGACCGGCCAGAUCGCAGCGAGAUGUCCCGGGUGCAGCGCCAGUUUGAUUUCAGCAUGGCCAUGGGCAGCCUGAUCUGUGAGCUGGUGCGAGUGAUGGGUUGGGUGAAUGAAGAGUCUUCAGAGAGAGGAAACCUCUUGGACAGCGAACAACUUUCCCGAGUCAUCCGUUCCAUUUUCCAACCCAAAGUUCCGGCCUGCACCAACUUCCAGGUGGUCUCUGGCUCUCCCAUCCAUGUCACUGCUUCCAAGAGGAAAGCGACAAAGAUGUUCUUGGAGCCAUCAGACUUUGCCGCGCGAAAUGCUUACGUGGAUUAUGUCCAGGAAGCCUUAAAACCAGGCAUGUCUGUGCGGAUGUUGGAAGACUAUGACGAGAUCAGUUCUGGAGAUGAGGGUGUCUUCCGCCAGAGCAAUAAUGGAAUGCCGCCUGUUCAGGUGCUCUGGAGGUCGACUGGCCGUACCUACUGGGUUCACUGGCACAUGGUUCAGAUAAUCGGUGAGCAGGCUGAUGAAGACGGUACAGAGAAAGCUUCAACUGUGGCUGAAAGUGUGAAGGUGUCACCAGGUGAGCAGGGAGGAUGCAUUGGAUCUUGUGGCGUGGAGCAGCAGACAGGCAUGCCCCAGUCUUUGCCGUGUAAGCCAUGUGGUAAUGUGUACGCCCUGCCAUAUCUCGGUGCAGCGGUCAUCGAGGAGAGAGGGAUCCUGAGGCAGGAUGAGUGGUGGGAGGUCCUCUUCUUUAUUCGGAGGCUGGAGAUUCAGGAGCAGAAUGAGGUCUACACAAUGAUAAAACAUAACUUGGAGGAGCUGUGUGGCACAGAUGAAGCAUCCUUUAUAAAGGUCUCAGUUUCGGUGGAUCUUGCACAGAAGAUUCUGGAAUUCCUCCGUGGACAUUGCCGUGGCUGUGUCCUAAGUGACUUGCAGAGUUCACAUGUCUAUGUGAAAUAUGUACUCCAUGCCAGCACAGCAACCAAGCCGACGUCCAAUGCCAGUUCCUCCGUACAGGACAACUCCCUGACUGGUGUCACCGUUUCCAAAAAAACAAAAAGCGAAGAAACUAAAAAAGCGGACAAGGCUGAAGCUGGUCCUUCCGAGCCCUCGGACCUUCAGGUCCUCCGCAGACUUCUCACUCAGGAAGGAGUUCAGGUCACUGCGCCUGAGGAUAAGGGCAAAGGAAUUGGAACUUUCUGGGGCUCUUCGCCCAGAGUUUGCUUGGAGUUGCUGGCGGAGAUGCUGGACAAGGUGAAACGGAAUGUUUGUGGGGCCGGGGCCCUGGGCUUCAUUGUUCAGAUCAUGGAGCAACAGCUUGGCGAAGAAGGUCAGGGUAUCAAGGCGGAGGGGCGUACAUCAUGCAGGGACAAGAUUGUAAAGCUUCUGGUGGAACUUCUGACAUCGCAGUCGAAGGACAAGCUGUUGGUGGUGAUGUGUCUGCAGUUGACGUACCUGGUCAUGUUGAAGUAUGACUGGCGUGUUCUUUUUGCCACAGAGGGAGGGGUGAGAGCUGUGCUGGGGUGUAUGCAGGAACACAACUCCUCUGCUGCCAUCCAGCAUAUAGGACUUGCGGUCUUGAAGGUGCUGACCGGUGUGGAUGGUUCUGAUCCUCAGGGAUCUUCCAGACGUAACAUCCUAAAUCCAGGGGAUGCUCAGGUGAUCAAAGAGAUCUUCUCCAGUAUUGGAUCUGCAGCCAGUGGCAGCUCCAGCAGUCUCCUGAGGGCCAUUCCUGGUGCCAUUGCCAAGAUGACAAGUGUUGAGGGGUGUUUCUCCUCUGUGCUCAAUGGUAUCCUGGUCAUCCGGAUGCUUAUGGAAAACCAUAAGGGUUUGUCUGAGCAGUUGUCUAGUUUGGAGUUGUCCACAUUCCUUCAAAUCUUCUCUGAGGACUCCAGCAAUUCCAUGUAUGCGAGGCUGGAUGACUUGAUGCAGAAACAGCUGAGUGACCUCCUGAAGAACAGUAAAGAGAAAGUUAGUGCUGAAAGCAAAGAGUCUACUCCAGGGCUGGUUGUCCAGGAAAUGGAUCUCUCAACUUUGCUGAGUGGUCUGAAAGACAUUCGGAUGUGUCGGGAAAUUCUCCCCUCUCUGGAACGAUGCGUUUGUGAAGACGUCUCCUCGCUACGUUGUGAUGUUCCCCAACUUCUAACCGACCACAAUUUCUUCCUGCAGCUCCUCUCCUGUCUGGAGCAGCUGAGGGGUGAGAAACGGCUGCAGCACUGUGUGUACAGGAUUCUGAACAAGUCCCUGGAUUUCUAUCAGGAGGAUACACUUCCUUGGCACAAGAGUAUUGAGCCUUGUCUGACCUCCCUGGGGAGCACCAGCAGUGAUCAGGAGGUUCUCCAGGAAGUGGUCAGCUUUCUCCACCGUCUGGCCUCUACAAACAAGGACUGUGCGGUUGUUAUGUGCCGACUGGGUGCCAAAGACACGCUAAGCAAAGUGCUGGAGAAGCAUAGCACAGGCCUUAUUCAGGCACCAGAGCUGAGAGACCUCCUGAGUGACUGUGAGAAAUACUCCAGCCUUUACCAGAAGAUGGCCACCAGCAUUCUGGCCGGCUGCAUCCAGAUGGUUUUGACACAGAUUGAAGAGCACAGACGGAGCCAGCAACAGGUCAACAUCCCAUUCUUUGAUGUCUUUCUGAGAAACCUUUGUCAGGGAUCUAGUGUAGAAGUCAAGGAGGACAAGUGUUGGGAGAAGAUGGAAGUCUCCUCUAAUCCUCACCGGGCCAACAAACUGACAGAUGGAAACCCAAAAUCUUACUGGGAGUCGAGCGGAAGCACUGGAUCCCAUUACAUCAACGUCUACAUGCACCGAGGGGUGGUGAUCCGGCAGCUUACGAUUGUUGUAGCCAGUGAGGACUCUAGUUAUAUGCCAGCCCGAGUGGUGGUUAUGGGAGGAGAGAACCCAGCGAACAUUAACACGGAGCUGAACGCGGUGAACAUCGCCAGCACAGCCGGACGCGUACUUCUCGUGGAAAACGUCACUCGUUUCUGGCCCAUCAUUCAGGUCAAAAUAAAGCGAUGUCAGCAGGGUGGUAUUGACACGCGUGUGCGGGGCCUUGAGAUACUGGGGCCCAAGCCAACUUUCUGGCCAGUGUUUAAGGAGCAACUUUGUAGAAGAACCUUUUUAUUUUACACCAGCAGAGCACAUAGCUGGGGGCAGGAGAUCCGUGACAAGAAAGAGCACCUACUGCAGCUCUUCAGCCGGCUGAACCGGGCAUUGUCGCAUGAGCAGGAGUUUGCAGACCGUUUUCUUCCCGAUGACGAGGCCGCUCAGGCUCUCGGCCGAACGUGCUGGGAGGCUCUGAUCUCUCCCCUGGUGCAGAGUAUUACCACCCCAGAUUCUGGCGGGGUGAGUCCCCUUGGGUGGCUCCUCACACGUUACCUGGAGAUCAGUCGGGGAGCUCGGCAACCCAAGUCACGAUUGUCGGUCUUUAAUUCUCGAGUGCGGAGAUUGACCCAUCUCCUGGUCCACGUGGACACCAGCCCACCAGACACCACUGCGCUGAAACCACCCAGUAAAACUAAUGGGAAGAACCGCAGCUCCACCAGUGCGCCAGUAAGCACCUUCAGCUGUGGGAUGGGAAGUAUGGCCGAGAUGGCUCAGUGCUGGCAGGGGGUGGUUCAGCAGCAGGUACAACGCUUUCUGGAGAGGUCGUGGAAUGAUGCAGAUCUGGUUCCUCGGUUCUGUUCUAUAUAUAUGGCUCUCAGACGAGCCAUGGAGGAGAUGUUUGGUCAGCAGACAAGAUUUUUACUCUCUUUACAGCAAGGAUUCUGUCAAGGCCUGUUACAGCUUUCAUUCCUGACAGCAUUACAUGUGACGGAGCAGUUUGCCCGGUACAUUGAUCAGCGGAUAAUUGCUAUUCGUUCGGAUUCCUCGGAUUUCCAGUCAUUGGAGCAGCUGCAACAGUUCCUGGAAUUUGUUCUUUUCCUGUCGGAUCUCGAACUGUCGAAUUCCUUUGAGCAUUUUUAUAGGCAUUAUCUGGCUGACCGUCUGCUCACACUUGGACCAUGCUGGUUUGAGAAUUCUGUGGUCGAUCACAUUGGCAUUUGUUUCCCAAACCGGUAUCCUCAACAAAUGUUGAAAAACCUGCAGGAGGCAAAAGAUCUUCAGAGAGAAGAACAUAUAUACCGGCUGCAGCAGCUGGACAAUGGAGUCCUAUCGGAGGAGGAGGAAGAGGGAAUGGAGAUGGAAGAAAUCUUGACACCCCAGGAUCAUGCUGCAGAAGGUGGAGAGGUGCAGAUCUCGGUUCUCUCCCCUCGUUGUUGGUCGAUCUCUUCUCUUUGUUACAUGACGGAUCCCUCCAGAAUCUUCCCGCAAUCCCUCAGCAAUCCUCUUCUUCAAUUUACCGACUUCUACAUAAAAAGUCAGUAUGUCCCAGGCUUCUCUCAAAUUGUUCAGUCACGACGGCUGCAAUGGACGUGGUUGGGAAAUGCGGAGGUGCAAUAUGGAGGUCUGAUCCUCCGGGUCUCCACCCUGCAGAUGUUCAUCUUGUUGCAGUUUAACCAGCAGGAGGAAGUUUUGGAGGAGUCCAUUAUUAAGAACACUGGGCUGCCGGAGGCCUUAGUUAACCACGCUCUGGCACCGCUCACUGCUAAAAGUGGCAUCUUGGUGCACAAGGAAAAGGGGCUUUUGUGUCUGAAUGAAGAGAAGUUGUCUGAGCAAGGUUCUGGUAAAAUUCUGCAACUUCUCCCGAGGCAGACAUACUUGAAUGUAGAAGAAGAUGAAGGACACACGCUGGAGAAGAAAAGGAACAUUAUCCUCUGUCUGAUCACACAGAUCAUGAAGGAAGAGAAGGAGCUUCAUAUUGACAAUCUAGUGUUCCGGGUCAUUGACUCCUGCCAGAAAUUGGACGUUGGGAAGAGCCUCAAGUUCCUGAGCUUCAGCUGCAGCCACACGGACGUCCUUUCCUGUAUUAUGUACCUCGUCAACCAGGGCUAUGCGCGGCGCAGUGAGGAUAGCCCCCAUAUACUUGAGUACCUUUCAAAAGACCCAUCCACACCACACAAGAGCAAAGCCCACAUCAGCUUCCAAACUGCCAACAAGAAACAGGAUCUUGGCAGCAAGGCCCUCGGCACCGGAGGGGCGGUGGAGCAGACGGUUCUGGAAUCUGUCCUCCUGCCCAUGGGUCGCACCCUGGGCCAGGAGGAGGUAUGGUCACUGAUGGGUCAUAUGGUUAAUCAGGUAUCAGACACACUGAGUGUGAUCCCGGACGUCGCCCAACACCUUCUCAUCCACUGCAAGUGGAACAUGGAUUUACUUCUGCAGAAGUACACUGAUGACUCUGAGGUUCUUCUCGUUACCUCAGGGUUGAAAGUUCCCGAGCCCAGCCAGCCUGAGAGCCCGCAGCCCAUAUGCCCUGUUUGUAUGACCCCCUUAAGCCCAGCAGACAAUCCUCCAUCACUGUGCUGUGGACACAGCUGUUGCAAGAACUGCUGGAAUGAAUAUCUCACCACGAGGAUAGAGCAGAAUCUGGUAGUGAACUGCACCUGCCCUACUACAGACUGCCUGGCGCAGCCCACCUCCGAUUUCAUCCACAAGAUCAUCUCCUCCAAAGAGGUGGUGCAAAAGUAUGAAAAGGCUUUGCUUCGUGGAUUUGUGGAAUGCUGCUCCAAUCUGACUUGGUGCACAAACCCUCAAGGCUGUGACCGCAUCCUUUGUAAGGAAGGACUGGGGACCGGAGCAGCCUGUGCCAAGUGCUCCUGGGUUUCCUGCUUUAACUGCAGCUUUCCUGAGGCUCAUUACCCGGCCAGCUGCAGCCACAUGUCUCAGUGGAUGGACGAUGGAGGGUUUUACGAGGGGAUGACUGUGGAAGCUCAAAGCAAGCACUUGACUAAGCUCAUCUCCAAACAUUGUCCCAGCUGUCAGGCUCCGAUUGAGAAAAAUGAGGGUUGUCUGCAUAUGACGUGUGCCAAAUGUAACCACGGCUUCUGCUGGCGCUGCCUCAAACCAUGGAAGCCGACUCAUAAAGACUACUACAACUGUACUGCUAUGGUCAGUAAAGCUGCUCGUCAGGAAAAACGAUUUCAGGAUUACAAUGAAAGAUGCACUUUUCAGCACCAGGCCAAGGAAUUUGCGAUUUCUCUGAGGAAUCGGCUAUGUGUUCUUAGUGAGGAACCACCACUACGUAAUCUGACCUUCCUGAUCUCCGCAUGUAAGGUUUUAGAGACGAGCCGUAAGGUUCUCGGUUACGCUUGUGUCUACAGUUACUACAAUCAGGAUUCGGAACGCCUCGAUGUUCUGGAAUCUCAGACGGAGAAUUUGGAGUCCCAUGUCAACGCUCUGCAGAUUCUGCUCGAGAACAGCCUACUUCAGAGCGAGGACCUGGCCUGUUCUGUGCGCCUCCUGAACUCUGAGCACUAUAACACUGCUUUGGAACUGGUGAGAAGAGUACAGGAGAGGCUGAGCGGCAUCCUGCAGCACUCUACCCAGGACUUCCGAGUCGGAUUCCUCUCCCAACCAGAUGACAACCCAACAAAGGCCUCCAAUGUGCCAGUAAUAGCUGCUCCAGACACUAUGGAUGGAGCCUCCGAUUCUGGAGAUACGGCAGGAGAACAGGAAGACGAGGACGAGGAGUAUGUUCCAGAAUGGCACGAAGACUACGACGACGACCUAGAUGAAGAUGAAUUUUCCUACGAUGAAGAUGACGAAUCGGAGAACCUGGAACCCGAUUCCUUUAUAUUUGAGGAUUACGAUGGAGAUGCAUACGAGUGAAUCCAUCCACCCAACCCCCGCUCCUCCCGAUUUAUUUGUCCGGAGUUGUCAUUUAUGUCCAGCAGGGUUGUCACUCUCUGCCCCAUUUCCCCCCCUUCAUGUGCCUCAGUUAUUUCCUUGGGAAUGCCGUUUAUUACCAGUAAUUCACUGAUAAGACUACAGGCCCAGCCAUCGUAACGGGACUGCAAUUAUAUAUACAGUAUGUUUAUAUUUAUAAUUAAGAGUUAUUUUUUAUUAUGGUUAAUCCUGUUAAUUUCCAAUCUCAUUGUGACCCCCCACCCCCCUCUCCACCCCCCCUCCCCCAGCAUAAUCUAUAGGCUGGGAGUUGGCGCCUCUGGCGGGUGAAAUGAGGCAUUGCAGCUGGGAGUUACUGCAGCUCGUUUAUUAAAGUUACAGCUAAGCUGUUGUCCCUG